AUGGCAGCAACCCAGGCUGCUAACUUCGUCGAGAAGAUGGUCGGACACAGUGGCAAUGCCACCGUCACCACCGACGUGAGCAACUACGCCAAGGGGGAGGCUGGACAAGACACUGGAGAGAAGAUCAAGGCUACCAUCUGGCAGGGAAAGAACACGGUCGAAGUUGUGGAAAUGCCUAAGCCAAGGGUUAUCGACGAGGAAGAUGUGAUCGUUAAGAUCACCGGUAGUACGAUCUGUGGAAGCGACCUUCACCUCUAUCAUGGUGUCAUUCCCCAGCUGGAGAAAGGCGACGUGCUCGGCCACGAGUUCUGCGGUGUCGUCGAGAGUGUCGGGCCCGGCGCGAAGAACGUCAAGGUCGGAGAUAGAGUGGUGGCGUCUUUCCCCAUCUCUUGCGGCCAAUGUAGGAACUGCAAGAAGGAACUGACCUCCGUUUGUGAACGGACGAACGAAAACACCGUCACUAAUGCCAUGUACGGAAAGCGAACCGCAGGCAUGUUCGGAUACAGCCAUUUCACGGGUGGCUUUGCUGGCGGGCAAGCCGAGUAUGUCCGUGUGCCCUACGGAGAUCAGAACCUGCUGCCACUUCCCGAUGAUGUCCCUGAUGAGAAGGGUCUCUAUCUCUCGGACGUCCUGGCCACAUCGUAUCACUGCGUUGUCGACACCGGUGUCGACAAGGGCGAUGUGGUCGCUGUUUGGGGUGCCGGGCCGAUUGGCCAAACAGUGGCCAACUUCAGUUUCCUGCAGGGCGCAAGUCGAGUAAUCAUCAUCGACGGUGGCGAGGCAUCAUGGCGCUUGGACUUUGUCAAGAGCAAGAUGCCCAAGAUUGAAACGAUUGACUUCACCAAGCUGCCUCGUGGGGAAUCCAUCACCUCUCAAUUGAAGAAGAUCGUUCCUGGUGGCCCCGAUGUAGCGUUGGAUUGUACAUCGGGAGAAUUUGCCAAGGGAUGGGCGCACUACUUCGAGGUCCUCCUGGGAAUGGAGACUGACACCUCAGAGAUGCUGAACGAGAUGAUCACUUCCGUUCGACCCUUUGGACGGAUCGGUAUUACCGGAAUUUAUACUGGCUUUACAAACCACUUCAACAUUGGUGCUUUGAUGCAGACUGGUAUCCGCUUGAUCGGAAAUGGCCAGGCUCCGGUCCACAGAUACUGGAAGCAUUUGUUGGAGCUCAUCCGCAAAGGAGAAAUUAACCCGCUGGAUAUGGUCACGCACCGGGUACGUCUGGAUGACAUGGCCAAGCUGUACGAGCUCUUCAACAGUCGCGAAGAGGGCAUCCAGAAGGUGUUUGUCGAAACCAAGCAUUCAUUUCCCCCCGCCGAAGGAGCACCCACUCUGGUUGAAUUGUAA